AUGGCUGCUGUGUCUACCGCCACCCUGACUCCCCCUUCGUCAUCCCAUGGCAGGUCAGCUCUAGGGGGUGACUGGGACUUUAGUGUUCCUAUAGAUGGGGCCGAUACUCCGGAUCUCACGUUCCGAGGAAGUUCAGCAAGCUCUUCAAUGCCUCAUCGAACCGGUUCCGAUGAUCACUUUAUGAAUGGUCGGCCAAUAAAUGACUACGAUCACGUGCAGCAGGCUAAGUCUUUCUUGCCUGUUGAUGUACAUUCGUCCUCUGCGCAGAAUCACGUCAACGAUUACCGGUAUAUGCAGCAGCAGUCCCCAUCACGAGGCGAAGGCUACAGCAGAUCCGCAACUCCCGAUCUAUUAUCAGCCACAAAUGGGCCAAUGUUGAAACGCCAGGGUUCAACCAUUUCGUCGAAUCAUGACGGCGAUUCGGUGUAUGAUCUCUAUGGUGGAGGAGGCGGCGGUAAUGGAAGAAUGACGACACCCGGCGCAGUAAGCCCUGACUCGUUUGAACCACAGAGAGGGGCUGAACUGUUUCCAAGGUUUGUCAGUGGGGGAGCGUUCGAUGAGCCUGAUUCUUCCAAGUGGAUCCACAAGGAUAAGUUGGAAAAGAGGGAAAAGAAGGAGAAGAAUGAGAAGAAAGAGAAGAAAGGCAAGAAGGAGAAGAAGGAACGGGAAUCAAAGUGGAUUCAUAGGGACAAGUUGGAAAGGGACAAUCCAGAAUCUUCGAAAUGGAUCAAUAGUGAUACGCUGGACAAAGACGACCCAGAUUCUUCAAAGUGGAUUGAUAGAGACAAACUUGCCAAGAUAGAGGCGACUGACGCAGGCGGACGGACUGCCUACAACUCAAAGGUAGAUUCUGGGACUUCGCGGUGGAUUGACAAGGACAAGCUUGAGAAGAUAGAAAACCAAGAGCUGCAGCGAGCCGGCAUAACCGUUUCACGCUCUAGGGCAUCAAGCAGCACAGCUCAACGGGGCAACGAGAACGAAAGUUCUAGGGACCAAAAGAAGCAACGAAUCUCAUCGCCCCCACCCAUCGAAGACGAGGAUGAACACAUCUACAACAACCCCAACGAAGUCAGCAACGAUCUAAGAACACCUGAAGAACAAGCCGCCGACCGUGCUUUUCAACAAGAAAUGUCACCUCACCGCCAGUUCUGUCGAGGCGCUUCGCACUCACGAAUACCGGUACCGACUUCCUCUCCUUUCCCUAUACCUCAGCAGUUUUUGGAACGUAGCGCUCCUCUAUUGCGAAACUCGACACCGAACGGAUCCGAUGAUGAAAGAGCUAGCCUCACAAACACCUUCAUCCGUUCCCGCAAACGGUCUCACUCUGCAGGAUCAGCUUUCUUGCUCGAUGACCCGAUGACAGCGUUGCCGCAACCUGGAACAAUUUCGAACCCCAAGAACUCCUCCCGCAACCCCACAUCGCCUGGCGGCUCACCCCGCAAGGCUCGUAACAACUCUUCGCUUAAACAGAGAACUCGAUCGAAUCCACAGCUAUUCAAUCGUCCUGGCACAGCGGCAUCGUAUUCUACGCACCUCGGCAAUGGCGGUACGGGAGAGUCGACUAGGAAACAUCAUCCCGAAGGGCCGCCACCUUGGUCGUUACAGUCGUACAAACCCGAUCCAAGUCUACCUCCAGAUCAACAGAUCAUCCCAACUGUUGCAAAGCGGAUGCAGCAGGAGCAAUGGGAAAGAGAUGGUGCGACUGCAGAUGUUUAUGAUAGAGAUCUGAGACCACUGAGGGUUCAUGGGAACGAAGAGGUCGAGAGAGCUCGGCACAGACGUACAAUCUCCCAAGAAGAUUCUCUAGAGCAGAAGAAGGAGGAGUGGCCAUUAAAGGCACCUACUCCUCCAGUGGAUGAACCCAAGAAUAACCGGCAGGAUGCCGGUUACAAAGCGAUGCCUAGUGUUAACGGCAACGCACAACAAUCAACUGGCUUUUCAAGUGCAGUGUCCUCGCACCAAGUACCGGAACAGUCGUCAACGACUACAACCAACGACCUGGAGCGAGAAAAGAAAGAAGAGAAGCGGAAGAGGAAGAAGGAGAAGAGCCCUUUGUGCUGUGUCAUCUGCUAA